ACUACCUCCUCCUUACUCCUCUGUAUACGUUACAUAAAAUGGGCAAGGUCGACAAGAAGGAAAAGAAGGAGAAGAAAGUGAAGGAGGUGAAGGCGAAGGAAGUGAAACCUGCUGCACCUGCUCCUGUACCUGCUGCGAAAAAGGCGAAGACGAAAGCUGCGAACGGAAAACAAGAAAAACCGGGGAAGCCUAAAGCUACACCUGCUCCUGCUCCUAAGAAGGCGAAAGCGAAGAAACAAGAGAGCAGCAGUAGUGAGGAAGACUCAGAAGAGGAGUCUGAAGAGGAAGUUAAAGUAAAGGGAAAGGCCACUCCUGUUAAGAAGGCGAAACCUGAGAGUAGUAGUAGCGAGAGUGAGUCAGAGGAGGAGGAGGAUGAAAAACCUGCUAAGAAGGUGAGUGCGAAAGUUGGGAAGGCAAAGCCUUCUUCAUCUUCGUCGGAAGAAAGCGAGAGCUCCUCUGAAGAGGAAGAGUCCGCGAAGAAAGCGAAUGGAAAAGUCACUCCAAAGAAGGCGUCGUCGUCGUCGGAAGAGGAAAGCGACGGGUCUUCCGAGGAUGAGAAACCCAAAACAGCACAAAUAAAAGAUGCUUCAAAGAAGGCGAAAGAGGAAAGUAGCAGUGAAGACUCGUCUGAAAGCUCUUCGGAGGAUGAAGCGCCCAAGGCCAAGGCCGCUGCUGCAAAAGCUGCCUCAGAGUCUGACUCGGAUAGUGAUGAUGAUAGUAGCAGUAGUGACGAGGAGAGUGCCAAGCCAACAGCUGCGAAAAAGGCUGCAAAGAAGGGAGAAGAGUCCUCAAGUGAGGAGUCUGAUGGGAGCGAAUCGGAUGACGAGGAUGAAGAUGAGGACGCAGAGAUGGCGGAUGCUGCACCUGCUAAAAAGGAUGCUCUAGCAAAGAAUGGCAAACGCAAAGCAGACGAGUCUACAUCCGCACCCUCCAAAAAGACCAAACUUGCCAACGGCGAUGCCGCUGCACAAACAUCCUCCGACUCUCAGGAAGACUCAAAAACUGUGUUUGUCGGACGACUAUCUUGGAACGUCGAUAACGACUGGCUCGCACAAGAGUUUGCAGAUUGCGGCGAAGUUGUUUCUGCUCGUGUGCAGAUGGACCGGAAUACGGGCAAGUCUCGUGGGUUCGGAUUUGUUGAGUUUGCAACGGCGGAAGGUGCCAAUGCUGCUGUCGCGUUGAAUGGGCAGAAGGAGAUUGACGGACGCGCGGUGAACCUUGACAAGACGUCUGCGAAGCCUGCGGACCCUGAGAGACGUGCUAAAGCGUUUGGUGACUCGACGAGUGCACCGUCGAGCGUGCUGUUCGUCGGGAAUGUCAGCUUUGACAUGACAGAAGAUGGGUUAUGGGAAGUCUUCGCGGAGUAUGGGGAGGUGAAGAGCGUGAGGCUCCCGACUGAUAGGGAUACCCAGCGGUUGAAGGGGUACGGUUAUGUGGAGUUUGUUGAUGUGGAGUCUGCAAAGAAGGCGUUUGAGGGCGCGAGGGGAAUGGAUGUUGGUGGGAGGACGAUUAGGUUGGACUAUGCACAGCCGAGAGACGGAAAUGGCGGAGGUGGAGGUGGAGGCGGAGGUGGAGGCGGGUUUGGGGGAAGGAGAGGUGGAAGAGGUGGGGGUGGUGACCGCGGAUGGGCUGGACGAGGUGGAUUCGGCGGUGGUGACAGAGGCGGACGUGGUGGUGGACGUGGAGGGUUCAACGACCGCGGCCGAGGUGGAGGCAGGGGAGGCAGAGGAGGAGGACGCGGCGCACCUCGAGGAGGCGCACGAACAGGCGGUGCCGUCGAGUUCAAAGGCGAGAAACUCAGGUUCUGAAGGCAGACCACUUGCUAUUGCACCCCUCCUCUCGACCACGUUAAUGAACGUUAAUAUGCACCUCAACUUCUUAUCUUGUGUUUCGGAGUUCGUUAUUCAGACGCACCUUGUCUAGAUAUGCUCUUGGUCAUUUCUCUUUUGUCGCUAUUUUCUUCGUUAUUCCGUCUAACCGUCUCCUUCACUUGCAGGAUUUCCUGUUAAUUCUGCAAUGCUCUUGCCCUUGUUCUGCACACACACAUGUACUGUACAUACCAAACCAAAAGCAGUUCACUGGCAAUGUGCGAGGAUGAAAAUAAUUUGUCGUCUGUCAAUCCUUAGAUCC